AUGAGGUCCAUCGAACAUAAUAUCAUCGAUACCGUUCACACGACCUUGGCCUUCCGAUUUAACCCAGCCCUCAGUGGCUGUGACCAUAACGAGGUCGGGAACCCGCAAAUACCCAAACGAGACAUCCAAGAUGUGGCUAUUCACGAGAUAUCUAGUCGCGAGCAGCAGUUUACACAUGACCUAGCAGGCUAUCAGUUCAUACAUCAUAAGUCUGAAGUUCUCGAUCUCGAUCUCAAAGACGAUGAAGUAGUCCCUUCGAAGUAUUACGACGAAGCUCCCAGUCUCGUGAAGGUCAUGUCAGAUUCUGGCUUGCGAUUCUUUGAGCAUAACGCUAAUUCCAAUAGUCGGCCAAAGAUCGACAAAUUCAUCAUCCCCCCAGCACAUGCCGUCCAUGUCGACUGCAGUUAUAACGACGCCCCGGAGUACAUACGCACCUUGCCAGAGCGACCUCCAGACUGGGAACGUGUCUCUCGAUUCCGAUGGGCAAGCUUCAGCUGCUGGCGACCGGUGAACAGGGUGACCCGUGGUGCACUUUGCGUUGGAGACAAGAGGACUAUCCCAGACAGUGACUUGAUAGAUGGCAGUACUGAUAUGCCCGUGGAUGGUCGGCAAAGGAGGGCGGGUUUUUUGUUUUCGGUCAACCACAACUCCGCGCACAGGUACUGUUACAAGAAAGAGAUGGAACCAGAGGAUGUGCUUUGGAUCAAACUUUACGAUAGUAAGACUGAUGGAAGAGCGAGGUGUUCACCGCAUUCGGCAUUCAACACGGCCGAUGACUAUGGUGAGGCCAGACAGAGUAUUGAGACCAGAUGCAUAGUUACCGCUCCCCUGAACAACCCACAUCCGACUCCGGUACCUCCGUUGCGCGGUUCGCCGCCAUCGCCACGCUCAUGGAAGAAGGAACUGGCCCUCUACCCUCCGAGCCUCCCCCCUCUCCCCUACUCGCUACACACCCGCAAGAAGGCUAUCGCUUUUUUCUGGAUCCUGUUUGUCGUCGAUACCCUAGGCCAGCCGCUGGUGCUGUAUUGGGCGCUAUGGUACGCCACGGAUUUGUCGCAUAACUUGGUGUUUUCAAUUGUGACGGCAUGCUUGGGAGGUAUCUCCGUCUUCGAAUACUUCUAUCGCCUACACAAUCUAUUUCGGAAAAACUCUCGCGCUCGCCCUCUCAACGCUCGGAAGUCAUGGCUGGACUUCUUCCACAUCAAUUUCACGAUCGUAUGGCUCAUUUUGGCUGUCGAGCUUAUCGUUGGAACUGUCCCUGAGGAACCUUAUGUGCGCCUUGUGGCUAUGGUUCUACCAACUGUCAUGUUCUAUUUUGGCUUCGUCCAUCUCACGCUCGAUAUUCUGCGCAUGGCCGGAUUCAAAGCGCCCUUCCGAAUCUCCUCCACUCCCAAAGGGUCUGUUAUGCCGACCGCAUUAUAUGCUCUCAUCGAGGAUGUCGUGGCAGUUGACGGAGGAGGCGGUCAGAUGUACCGAUAUGCGCUCCGAACGCGCUACCUCUCUAGCCCUUACUUCCGCCGAAUGCUUUUCGAGAUGAACUGCUUCUGGAGCGGUGGGUCCAUAAUCUGCGCCGCCGCCAUCACCGCAGUUAUCUUCACCGUUUCGGAACCCGUUGCGUACACGCUGGGCUGGUCCCUGCCAUUCGCCUGGGCCGGUAUAUGGACCUUGAUCACCAUCCCUUGGGUCCAAAGUGAUCUUCGUCGUGAGAAGAAAGCGUGGGCCGAGAAUCGUGGCCAGGGCGGCAUUCCUUGGACGGACGACAUUACGGCGCCGACCGCACGCACACGAUUCGAAUCUGUUCAAGAACGCUUUCCCAACCUCCUUCCGUGGGUGCGAGAGAAACAGAGCGCCCCGUCAACGCCCUCCGCAGAUGGCGUCGUCAUGAACAAAAACCCCGAAAGCUUGCCCGAUGAUAUCCACGACGGCGCUGCCGAAUCAGUCGGGCGCGCCUCCGACGCCGCACCUGACGGUGCUGACGAUGCGCCAGCAGGUCCUGAUACUUCGACCCAUACACCUGACGCUGCUCUGACAGGCACUCCCAACCAUUCCUCCGAGAUGCCGUCAACACAAAUAAACUGA